AAAAAAAAAAAAAAAAAAAAAAAUGAGGGGCGUAGAGUUUUUUGGGGCGGUUUUAGCCAGAGCGCUCUCGAGUUUCAACGGGGGCAACGGUUUUUGGUCCAUCAGUCUAUUCGGUCUGGCGCUGUCGAUCUCAUCCGCAAUUGGUGGGUAAAGACCUAGCUCGAUGUCCCAAUCUCUGACUGGGUUUGAUCUGCCAUCCUAGUGAUUUAGUCCGUCAAGUCGGCAGUUAGAGCUAAGGUUCCCGUCAACAUUAUCAGAGGAUCAGCAGGGAGGAAGAGUGGUAUCUCCAUUUCCUCACAAUGAUCCGUGAGAUUGGAUGGGUGGUUAGACGCCACAUGCCGUAAACACUAUUCUCCGUCCUGGUCAAGGUCGUAUGGUUACUGGUGAACGGCUGGAACUGUCUCUCCAGAGUAGAUCCAUCUUAACGGCCGGCUCAAGUACCCCACCCUUUGAGACAGCGCCGUAGCACAAACUGUAUGAUGCAUCCUAAAACUCGGGAUGUGGUCCGCCGAGCAGCUAGUAUCUUGUUGGAGAGAAACCAGAAGAGAUUAUGUCGGUGUAUACGAUGUGAGAUGUAUCUCCACGCCGUAACGGGUCUGGUGGUUUGGUUUACGCUUGUGAGCAGGUUUUGACUAACAACCAAGGGCAAGGCCAAGCCACUAUGGAUGGCGUCGAGGAACAAUGUCUAACGGUAUUAGAGAGGGUUGUGUCAGGAUACAUAGCAUUCUUGUAGAGAGUUAUCUCUGAUCUUCGGAGAGUGGACACCGUCGAGGAACAACCGACAUCGAGUCCUCAUAUGCCUGGCGGACUCUUGACCUGUUCACGAACAAGACCACUUGUAUUGUAUAUCCACCUCCAUCGGUGAUCCAAGCGAGAGGAAGUACCAUUCCCUAAGCUGUAUGUAUGUACGGAGUACACAAGUACGUUCCGACGUGCCGUUGCCAUCGUAGUUAACACUUUAGCGUCCCAUGGCUGAAGACAGCGAUGUCGGUUGGAACCGGCGUGCAGUAAGUUUCUUAUCCUGGGUAAGCUGCUAUCUGGUCAAUGCACGACGCGGUUCAUUGUCAACUUCGGGAACUCGACUCUCCAACGCGACGUCUCGGGAUUUGCUUUCCUUAGUUUGAUCCAACAGUACUCGCACUAGUCAGCAGGGAUUUUAAGCGGAGCCACUAUUCUGUCCCAAACCACGAAACCUAAGAUUGGGCCAGGAUUUCCAAACCCUCAAAAAAAAAAAAAAAGGGGAAAAAGAAAAAAAAA